AUGUCUGCCAAAUUCAUACUGGCUGCAGCGCUUCUAGCGCUGUCUCGUGGCACGGAGACUUUAAAAAGAGUUUCCUUUGAUCCGGUUGCUGAUCCCAAAAUGAACACCAUCCUGGCCAAGAUUGAACACGAUAUACACGAUCUCUCCAACACUGAAAGUGUACCGGCGAUUCCACAGGAUUCAUUCGAUAUUCCAGCUUCCCUCUUGGAAGAAAAGGAUGGCAAUGGCGUCGAUCUUGAACAAACUCUACAGGGACUCGAUACAGUUGCCAACAAUCAGCAAAAGUUGCUCCAGGAUACGACCUCUCAGCUCACUGAUAUUCAGCACCAUCUUGACUCUUUACUCACCGUCCAUACGUGA